UUGCUAAGUAACCUCUGCAGCGGGCAGCUGCCGCAUAGCCGGAUGCUGCUAGUGAACAACACAACAAACUGUGCCCUUUCACACCCAAAACUUAAAUAAAGCAGGAUGGAAGAAGGCUCCGAGUUAUCUCUGACCAUCGCUCAGAUCGUGCAGCGGCUGAAGGGAAGCCAUUUACACUCUCAGAUAGAGAGGCAAGCCAAAGAAUGUUUGCAUCAACCUGAAAUAAAAUUGGAGUCCCUUAAAGAGGACGUACGCAGUUUUCUCAAAACAUCAGGCUGGGAAAGGCAGCUACAGAAUGCAGUAUACAGAGAACUGCAUGUCCAGUUGCCCCCCAGCCACCCGGUCGCCCCUCCUGAACAUCUCAAAGAGCCGCUCGCCUACAUGCGCAAAACUCAGGCAAGCUGGGAGAAGCGUGUCCUCAAAAGCCUGAACAGCAUGAGCACAGAGCUCGGAGUGCCUCUGGCUCGCAUGAGGCCCGCAGCGGAGCAGAAGGAGCUGAGCAACAAAUGGAACGAGAUGGGCACGGAUGAACCAGAUUUAACGAGCGUCAGGCCUGUAUAUGCCCCUAAAGACUUCCUGGAGGUGUUGAUCAGCUUGAGGAACCCAAAUCAUGACAGCAGCGAGGAUGUGGGCGUCAGGAGCCACUGGGGUCUCAUCCAGGUUCCCCUCAAUGUCCGGGACAUCCCACAGCUGAGACAGGCCUACUCAGAGCUGAACCUGACCUCAGGGCAGUUGGGGAUUGAUGACCAUGCACAAAUCCAUCCAGACAUGUUUGAAAACGAGUAUGUUCAAAUCGGGAAAAAAGUGGUGUUGGAGCAGGACAGUGCGGCGGCGCAGCAGUACAGCCGGCAGGGCUGUCCCACCGGGCUGCGGGCCGACCUGUGGGCCCUCAUCCUCAACUCUACCAACCAGCCUCAGGAUGUGAUGUAUUAUGAACAGCUGACGGCUGGAGUCAUACAGCACGACCUGCUGGUGGACAACCUCAUCUAUAAGGAUGUGAAGCUCACCGCCAGCAAUGACGACUACUACUUUGUGUUUGAGGACUUCCUCUAUCAGGUGUUGCUGUGUUUCUCCAGAGACACCGCCGUCUUGGAGCACUUCAAGUACAACAGCGCUACUCCUCCCAAGUCCUUCAUCCAGGGGAAAGGAGAAGAUGAAGAGUGUGCUGUUGUUUAUCCUCCCAACGGUGUUAUUCCUUUCCAUGGGUUUUCAAUGUAUGUGGCACCUUUGUGUUUCCUGUACAACGAGCCUUCGAAGCUGUACAGUGUUUUCAGGGAAAUGUACAGCCGCUACUUCUUCAGACUGCACUCCAUCUCCUCCUCUCCCUCGGGGAUUGUGUCUCUGUGCCUGCAGUUCGAGCGGCUGCUGCAGACCCACCUGCCUCAGCUCUUCUACCACCUGAGACAGAUCGAGGCGCAACCGCUGCGUAUUGCCUUUAAGUGGAUGGUGAGGGCCUUUUCUGGCUAUCUGUCCUCUGACCAGCUGCUCCUUCUCUGGGACCGGAUCCUGGGGUACGACUCCCUGGAGGUGGUCGCAGUCCUAGCAGCCGCUGUGUUCGCCUUCCGUGCCGAGAACCUGAUGGAAGUGACGUCGCUGGCCUCAGCUGAGGCCGUCCUCGCCGACCUUUCCACUCUGAAGGUCAUGCCGCUCAUCCAGAUCUUUCUAUUCGCCACCGCCAUCUGAGGAGAAAAGCUGCGGGAUGUGAGUCGCGGUACGUACGGUAAACGCCACGUGGAGCAAUAAGGGACACUUUGAAACGCCACUUUGAAAUGCCAUGAGUGUUAUAUCAAGACAUCAUGAAGGAAAACCGAAGCAUCACAUACCUCAUCUCGCACUAACAGCCAAACCCCUCUUUAGCAUGGAUGCACCCUAAAUAGUGAAUACCUGCUAUCAUGUCAUUAGAUGUUAUACAGUAUGUAAGUAUAGCCUACAAGCCGCUAAGGUGAAGCUAACCUCCUGAAGCCAUACGCCCUGCAGGAAAGACGACCCUCACAGCAGUGCUGGGAUCAGCUAAAGAGCUCAUUAGGAGUUGCAUGAAGCAGUAAUUGUGUUGCAAAAGGAGAACAACAUCUCAAAGCUCAGCAAAUGAAGUGUUAAUUAGCUCCUGUAAUUUCCUCUGCUGGUUGUAACACUAUUAGAUACUGCUGUAGCUGAUGAAGGAGCAGAUUAGGCCUUAGCGUGCGGCAGUGUUGAGAGAGAUAGUCAAAUAAACUGGAUUAUAUAACACUUAUAUGAUUAGAAGCUGCUGUGUGUACACUUUAUUAUAUUUAUGAAGCAUAUUACUGCUUAAGGGAAAUGUAUCUUAUUUAAUGAUGGUUUGUUUAAUCAUGCAUUUAAUUCCUGAAUAUAUAUGCACCUAUUUUGUACAGUUUUUUAUUUAUUUGUAUUUAAAUAAAAUGUCUAUAUUAUUUACAGUAUUCUAUGUAGGUCAAUGCCAAUGUCUUUUAUCCCACACAUCUUCUCAUCAUGUAUAUUGCGACAUCAAAAAACAAUUAAAAAA